AUGGCUUCCACUUCGACAUCUGGUCGAGGAGAAGAGGAACGCGAUCCGUUUUUGGUACUUGAACCUCCCAACAAAAAGAUCAAAUCUUCCUUGACUGCAAAACAGUAUGAUGUGUUCAUUAACCAUCGAGGCCCAGACACUAAAACAGAUCUGGCUCUGCCGCUUUAUAAUUCUCUACAACAAGCUGGGAUCCGGACAUAUGUAGAUGCUCCAGAGACUGAACUGGGAGAUUAUUUUCCUUCUGCCAUAAAGAAUGCCAUAUCCUCUGCCACACUACACAUAGCCAUCUUGUCGCCGCGAUAUGCAGAGUCUGCUUGGUGUUUAGCUGAGCUAUCUUUGAUGUUUCAAACCAGGGCUAGAAUUAUUCCCGUGUUUUACCGAGUCCAGCCUUCAGACUUCCGCUACAUAAAAAAUGAAGUUGCAGAUGCAUUUAGAAAGCACGAAGAGAAGGAGAAGGAGGAGGGCAGAUAUACUAAACAUGACAUUCAACAGUGGAAAGAAUGCCUGGAGAACGUUUCAGGAAUCAAGGGCUACGAAAUCAAGGAACAAAAUGAGUAA